UUUUGACUUUUGACAUAACCUAACUUUGCCCUUUUCAAAUUGUAAUGCAAAAAUGAGUGAUUCUGCUAUAGUAAUCAAAGCCAAACCUGAAAGGAAGGUGUUUAAAGCUACAAAAGUUACAAAGAUUCCAGAUUCAUUAUUAAAUAACACGAGACUGCAAGCUGCAAUUUCGGUAUUACCAAAAAAUUACAAUUUUGAAAUACCUAAAGCUAUAUGGCGUAUACAAGAAAUGAAUGCGAAAAUCGUAGCUUUACAAAUGCCCGAAGGUUUAUUGAUUUUUUCUACGACUAUAUCGGAUAUAAUUAAAGAAUUCUCUGGGGCAGAUUCAAUUAUAAUGGGAGAUGUAACAUAUGGCGCGUGUUGCAUAGACGAUUUGACGGCCAAAGCAUUAGGAGUAGAACUACUAAUUCAUUACGGUCAUAGCUGCUUGGUUCCUUCAGAUCAAUUAUCUGGUAUUAAAAUUUUAUAUAUUUUUGUCGACAUUAAGAUUGAUCCACUGCAUCUUAUCGAUACAAUUAAAUUAAACUUCAAAACUUCUACCAAAAUAGCAUUAGUGAGUACGAUACAAUUUGUGGCUACUAUUCAGGCAACAAAUAAGAAAUUAAAAGAAAUGGGUUAUGAUAUUUCAGUACCACAAUUUAAACCGCUAUCUCCAGGAGAAAUCUUAGGAUGCACAGCUCCAGUUUUGAAGUGUGCAGAAGUUUUGAUUUACAUUGGUGAUGGACGAUUCCAUUUAGAAGCAGCUAUCAUAGCAAAUCCACUAAUUCAAGCAUAUAAAUAUGAUCCUUAUUCAAAAGAAUUUACCAGGGAGUACUAUAAUCAUGUAGAAAUGGAAAAAAUUAGACAAGAUAGCAUUCAAAAAGCAGUAAAAGUUGGGACUUUCGGAGUUAUUAUGGGAACUUUAGGGCGUCAAGGAAACCUAAAAGUUGUAGAUCAUUUAAGAAAGCGAUUAGAAGCAGUUGAAAAACAAACAGUUGUUAUUCUUCUUUCAGAAAUAUUUCCCAAUAAGCUGGACCUCUUUAGGAAUAUCGACGCGUUUGUACAAAUAGCUUGUCCUCGUUUAUCAAUUGAUUGGGGAAACGCUUUUAGAAAACCUGUAGUUACACCUUAUGAAGCAUCCAUUGUUGUUGGUGAUGCGAAAUGGCAUAAAGAAGGUUCUAGUUACCCCAUGGAUUUUUAUGCAAAUGCAAGUUUGGGUCCUUGGACUCCUAAUCACAAACCUGAUGCUGAUUUAGUUAAUAAAUGCUGUGGAAAAUGUGUGUAAUUGUAAAAUAGAUAUUUUAA